UUGCCGAUCACACGUGUUGAUUUCUGUUUCUCGCUAAAAUACGAUUUUUAUUCAUUGUUAUUCAGAUAUGGAUGUCGAAUUGGAAAAUCGUGACCCUCCUGUAGAAGUUGAGACAGUAGGGAACGAAGUGGCACCCUCGGAGCCUUCAGAAGUUAACCAGGACGAGUACGCCUAUCUGGAUGCUACCGGCUUCACCUCUGAACGGUUCAAGAUCGAAAUCAAAAACCUUCCCAAGUAUUACGGAAUUAGCGAACUGAAAAAACUGCUAAACAAGAAACUCAAUCUAGCGACGAGCAAAAUAAAGAUCAUGGACCGGGGCUGCCCGUUCAUUUUCGUUUGCUUCCGCGGCGAGCCCGAGCGGCAGAACGCUAUUAAGGCGGUCAACGGCUACUCGUGGAAGGGGAAAACGCUGACCGCUGUCGAAGCGAAACCCUCGCCGGAUCCACUGGUUAAAAGGCGGCGGGAAGCAGAAAGGGACCCAAUGGAGGUAAUCAAAAAACGCAAAACCGUUGAAGAAUCGGUGACAUCUUUGGCGUAUCUGAGCUACGAUUAUCAGAUCAAACAGAAACAAUCGGAAAUGCAAAACAUUCUGGUAAAGUUUUCCGACGAGGUUUGGAAGAACUGCCCGAAUCUACGUCCGUAUGUCGAAGCUCAACGAAAGGAGUACGAAGGGAUGAUCUGUCCGCUGGAAGAAAUCCGACGCUCUCCCAAGAUCGAUGGAUACCGGAACAAGUGUGAAUUUUCCAUCGGUAAAAAUAGCCAGGGCGAGGUGACGAUCGGCUUCCGGAUGGGCGCUUACUGCAAGGGCGUUGUUGAGGUCGAAGGAAUCGCGAAUUUGAAACAUAUUUCGGACAAAAUGAAGGGCAGUGUUCAGCUGUUUGAGGAAUUUGUACGCGCCUCAAAAUAUGAACCAUAUAGCGCCGAGCUCUAUACUGGUCACUUCCGGCUGCUUACGGUUCGAACUUCCAGUGCAACCGGCCAAGUGAUGGUGAUUGUUGGCUUCCACCCACAACAGUUGACCGCUGACGAGCUUAAAGAUUUGAAAUCUUCCAUUGUCGAUUGUCUGACUAGCGAAAAGGCUAAACAAAUUGGAAUCAGCUCGGUAUACUUUGAACCAAUGGAAAAAAAGACAUCCGGUAGCGAAGAACGUCCCAUGGAGCACCUCAGCGGCGAUACCCACAUUGUGGAAGAAAUUCAUGGUUUGAAGUUUCGCAUCAGCCCGAAGGCAUUUUUCCAGAUUAACACGCCCGGCACUGAAGUCCUCUAUCAAUCUGCCAUCGAUAUGGCCAGCACAGAUGACAAAACGACCAUUCUGGACAUUUGCUGCGGAACGGGAACUAUUGGGUUGUGCUUCGCCCGACACUGCAAGCAAGUUUUCGGGGUGGAGAUUAUUGAUCAGGCAAUCGAGGACGCCAAACAUAAUGCCGAGUUGAAUGAUGUUAAAAAUUGUAACUUCUUUGCCGGAAACGCCGAUGAUUUGAUUAUGUCAUUGGUGCGAAAAGCUAACGUCCAGGAAGGAGAAAAAUUAGUUGCAAUCGUUGAUCCUCCGAGGGCCGGCCUUCACGUCCGUUCCAUCACCCAGCUGCGCAACGCUCGGGGCCUAAACCGAUUAAUAUACGUUUCCUGUUCUCCCAAAAGUGCGCUCAAGAAUUGGUUCGAUCUGGUGCGGCCGGCUUCCAAAACGCUCCGUGGAUCUCCGUUUGUGGCCAAGAAGGCCAUUGCCGUGGAUCUGUUUCCCCAUACGCCGCACACUGAGCUGAUGAUUCUGUUCGAACGGGAACCGGACACGGACGCUGAGGGAGCGGUUACAACUGUUGAUAACUAACUGAAGCAAGGUAAGCAAUUGUUAAUGAGACGAUUCUGGGUUUUAUUCUGUUGCAUUUUCAGAAGAACCUUUAAAAGUUGAAUUUUAUUUAACCAAUUUUAUAAAAUAAUCGCUGUCAGAUUCUGGAUAAAUUUUGACUAUCUAGAUCAACUAGA